CUUGAACGGAUAGUUGACGUUGUGCGAGAAGUGGCCGUAAAAUCCAUGCUAUUCGCGAAUUUUUUCCUUUUGUACCUGUUGGACAAUCCCAUGAACGAGUUACCGAUCAUUUUUUUCUCGCAACAAUUUUUUUAUGCAUGCCAACAGCUCGUCCUCGGAAAGCCAGUGACUAACACCAACUUACCUAUUUGCCCAAAUGACCCGCAUUUUUGAAGAACUUUCGACAACCAUUCCUUGCAUGAAAAUUUCUCCACGUUCUGCAAAUCAAAGCAUCAUAUACGCAAACGUACUUGCUUAUCAGGCACAACAGUCAGCGACAAUUUUUAUCAACUACAUUGUUGAGCCUUUUGCGAACAGGGCAAAACGUUAUUUUUUCGUCAAAAUCCGAAUGCUAUUACCGGAUCUCUGUGAGCGCCAAGCAUGGCGUUUUGCCGCAUACAUAUACAGUUGCAUCACCCCAAAUCCUACCGAUUGGCCUGAAGGUGUGGAUCAUACCGCCGACUUAGACGUCAUGGUUGGCGAGAUUCUCGAAAGCACAGAACUUCCCCUCUCCCUCAUGGUCACAGAAGAAAACCUCACGCGCAACCCUGGCCCGUUUUUCAAGUUCCUUCAUUUUGCGCUAUCAGUCAUCGAACUGUACAACGAUCAAAAAUUCUAUGCUGCUUGUGAACCACAGUCAGAAGCCACGCUUCGUUGGUUAUAUACCACCAUUUUCAAUACUUGUGAAGAACUUCAGCGCACCCGCAAAUCACGACGAAGGAAGUUCGCUUUAGCCAUUUGCAACUCGAUUAAUAAGAACGAAUCGCCGCGAUUACGCGAUCUUUCGGAGGCAACAAUGGCAGAGAUUCAAGUGUUCAUUUCUCAUACACGCACACUGAUCGCGACGAACAAUUUCUAUCCGCCUGUGGAGACAAUUCUCAAUACCAUCCGCUAACCCCUCUUGUCCCACGUUUGAGUUUCAUUCGACCACACGUGAUGAUAGACCACGCUGCAGGCAAUUUUGCGACGAUCUGACAACCGAGAGUUUUUGAUGAAAAUUGCACCAAACCAUCAUCACAACAAACAUGAUUUAAUGACGCUCCAAUUUGCACGAGUUUUCGAUUUGGCGAAAAUACGUUAUAGACCAACAGAUACCCAUAGAGCAUUUACCAACCAUCUUGCCACAGACGGCCAGGCAGCAUCUUUCAUUUUUGCAAAGGCAGUAUCAACUCACGAACGGCUACCCGAUCUAGACAUUAACGAUUUUGACGAAGAAGACUUGCAGGAUCGUUUUAAGUUGUGGGG